AUGGAGGGACCCCAUGAACACCUGAGUGGGAAGCUCCGGCUCUGCUUCUCCCCUGCUGCCCGGACCAGCUUCUUACUGCUUAGGCUCAACGAUGCGGCGCUGAGGGCGCUGCAAGAGUGUCAGCGGCAACAGGUACGGCCAGUGAUCGCUUUCCAAGGCCACAGAGGGUAUCUGAGGCUCCCAGGACCUGGCUGGUCCUGCCUCUUCUCCUUCAUAGUGUCCGAGUGUGGCCAUGAGGGCGCUGGUGGUGGCUUGGACCUUAUGUGUCAACGCUUAGGCAGAUCUGGGCCUAAUCGCCUCCACUGCCUGGGCCCACUCAGGAAACGCCUGACUAUUUGGGCAGCCAUGGAUUCCAUCCCAGCCCCAUCAUCAGUUCAAGGAUACAACCCAACUGAAGAUACCAGAGAUCCUGAGAGUUGGCAGAACACAGAUUAUUCUGAAGGAGAUACAGGAUCACAGCCUCAGAUGGCAUUAGAAGAGGUGCCAGAUCCAUUGGCAAGCAAACAAGGACAGUCACUUCCAGGAUCCUCAAGGGAGCACAUGGCACAGUGGGAAGUGAGGAACCAGACCUAUCUUCCAAACAGAGAGCCUGAUCAGGUACUGCCUUCACCUGCCAGCCAGAAACGUUUAGAUAAGAAACGUCCAGCAUCUGCAGCUUCUAUAGAACUAGAAGAAAAGAGGUUCAGAGCUCUGCCUCUAGCUCCAAGUCCCCUACAAGGGCUGCCCCAUCAGGACUUACAAGAGGGAGAAGACUGGGAACAAGGAGAUAAUGAUGAAGGCUUAGACCCCAGGCUGGAGCACAGUCCCUCAGUCCAAGCAGACUCUGAAUCCCCAAGCCCUGAAGAGGUACCAGAUUACCUCCUGCAAUAUAGGGCCAUCCACAGUGCAGAGCAGCAACAUGCCUACGAGCAGGACUUUGAGACAGAUUAUGCUGAAUACCGCAUCCUGCAUGCCCGUGUUGGGGCUGCAAGCCAAAGGUUCAUAGAGUUGGGAGCAGAGAUCAAGAGAGUUCAGCGAGGAACUCCAGAACACAAGGUGCUGGAAGAUAAGAUAGUCCAGGAAUAUAAAAAGUUCAGGAAGCGGUACCCAAGUUACAGGGAAGAAAAGCAUCGCUGUGAGUACCUGCAUCAGAAAUUAUCCCACAUUAAAGGUCUCAUCCUGGAGUUUGAGGAAAAGAACAGUGGCAGCUGAAGCUCUCGAGAGGGCUCUUGACCCUCUGCCCAGUGAGAUGUGAAGGAACAAAGCAGCUAUAAACUGGAGUGCAACUAACUAUCUGCUUUUCUUCUGCUGACCACUAGAGCCCAUGGUGGCAAGUGGAAAGCUGCUCUAGGUUUUUGAGGUUUGAUUUUCAUUGUUGCCAUGUUUUAAUUUCUAGGGUGUAGGCAUAGUGCCAAGACUCCACAGCUGUGCCCAAGAGACUAGGAAAAGUAGUAGAGGCUUGGCUUCUUCACCGUUUAGUUCAACCAAGUCAUUUUCAAAUCCUGAAAAAGGAUAUUUCCAGGACAAAAUAUCUUGAAGACAUUAGACAAACUGAGUAAGUGAAUUUAACUGAUAGCCUCCCUAGCGAAACAAUAAUGAGAACUUUUGGUAAAGGAGCUAAAGGAACUUGUAGCACACCUGGAUAUAAUGAGAAAGGGCUUGAUGUUACCUAUGUACUGAAAGUGAAUUCUUUUACAAACA